AUGGAAGGUAUAGUGGUCAGGAGGGUGAUUCCUUCGGAUAAUAGCUGCCUUUUCAAUGCUGUUGGUUAUGUUAUGGACCAUGACAAACAUAAAGCAUCAGAGCUGAGACAGGUCAUAGCAGCAGCAGUGGCCAGCGAUAAAGAAAAGUAUUCAGAAGCAUUUCUCGGGAAACCCAAUGGUGAAUACUGUGAAUGGAUUCUUAACCCAGAGAAGUGGGGAGGUGCAAUAGAACUUGCAAUAUUGGCAGAAUAUUAUGGACGUGAAAUUGCAGCAUAUGAUAUUCAAACCACUAGAUGUGAUGUGUAUGGACAGGAACAUGGCUAUAAUGAAAGAGUUAUGCUGAUCUAUGAUGGACUCCACUAUGAUGCUUUGGCCAUGUCACCAUUUGAUGGAGCUCCUGAAGAAUUUGAUCAGACAAUAUUUCCUGUUCAGAAGGACCGAACAAUUGGAAGUGUGGAGGGACUUGCUUUUAACCUGGUUAAGGAGCAACAACGGAAAAGGAGUUUCACAGAUACCGCUAACUUCACUCUGCGCUGUGGUGUUUGUCAAAUUGGAGUCAAAGGCCAAAAGGAGGCUGUUGAACAUGCACAAGCAACAGGUCACGUAAACUUCCAAGAGUACAAAUGA